UCCUCCUCCUGCACCUUCCUCACAUGCACCUUCCUCACCGAGCUGAACACCGGCCAAUGCUUCACACCAUCCCUGCCCUGAGCGUGUGUCCCAUGCGUGGGAAGCACAACAAAAUCAAGGGCUUUACCUGAGAGGGUCAACAGGAGUGAGAAAAAGGGGGACUGUAUACCUACAUCCUUUUUUACUUUGACUUCGACUUCUUCCCUUCAGACGAGGGGCUGAUUUCUGCGCACAUCUGAGCUGAGCACGUUUCGUCACCGAGGACAAAAGCACCGAGUGGAGCUAUGAACGAGUCGCUGGUGGUGAACGACUCCUCUGCAACUCCUUCGCCAGGAGAAGCUCUCUCAUGGAUGGAGGCAGAGUUUCCAGACCAGAACAGCAGCCUGGAGUUCUCCACCGCUCCAUUAGAUUUCACCAUCAACCCUUGGGACAUCAUGCUCUGUAUGUCCGGCACCGUCAUUGCCUGUGAAAACGCCAUAGUGGUAGCGAUCAUCUUCUACACUCCCACACUAAGGACUCCCAUGUUUGUGCUGAUUGGGAGCCUUGCCACAGCGGACCUGCUCGCCGGCAUGGGAUUAAUCCUGAACUUUGUGUUCCAGUAUGUGAUCUCCUCUGAGACUAUCAGCCUUAUCACUGUGGGCUUCUUGGUGGCCUCUUUUACGGCGUCCAUCAGCAGCCUUUUAGCCAUCACAGUGGACCGUUACUUCUCCCUCUACAAUGCCCUGACUUACUUCUCAGAGAAGACGCUGCAGUACGUACACCUGAUGUUGCUAGGGACCUGGGGGGUGUCUUUGUUCCUGGGUUUGCUGCCGGUGCUUGGCUGGAACUGCUUGGAUGAGCCUUCAUCCUGUAGCAUUGUCCGACCCUUAACCCGGAGCAAUCUCACGCUACUCGCCACCUCCUUCUUUGCUAUCUUCAUCCUAAUGCUAACCCUCUACUUCAAGAUUUGUAAGAUUGUGUGCCACCACGCCCACCAGAUCGCUCUUCAACAGCACUUUUUUGCUACAUCCCAUUACGUAGCAACUAAAAAAGGGGUCUCCACCUUGGCUAUCAUCUUGGGAACAUUUGGUGCCAGCUGGCUGCCAUUCGCCAUCUACUGCCUGGUCGGCGAGAAGGAGUAUCCAUCGGUGUACACUUAUGCUACACUCCUGCCAGCCACCUACAACUCUAUGAUCAAUCCUAUCAUUUACGCCUACAGAAACGCGGAGAUCCAGCGCUCCCUCUACAUGCUUUUAUGUGGCUGCUUUCAGUCUAAUAAGGCCUACAGGUCCAGGUCGCCUAGUGAGGUCUAAGCAAGAUGUGAACGUGUGCUAGUUUGUGAGAAAAGGAAGAGCAAAAAAGACAAUUCAUCCAGUGACCAUUGACAAUCUGCUUUCAACUGAUGGUGUGAUGCUACAAAUGUGUCUCUCAUGCAUACUGUAUCUGCACUUUACUAAUGUCUCAACACAAGCUAGGAGAAAAAUGCUGUGAACAACAAACUUCUGUGAAAAAGACAAAACAAAACCUGUGAAUGUACUUUAAAUGAGAAAAAAAGGAAUGGAAAAUACUUGCACUUUAGUCUGUGUUUUUUUGAAAUGCCAAAGCAGUAUUGUAAAGCUCUCAUAGUGUUUAAAAAAGAAUUUCUGAACUUGUGAGUCACCAUUUGCCAUUUUUUUCUAUUUUGUAUGGUAUUGUCUUUGAUGUACAAUUUAUACAAGAAGAAUAAAAGAUUGAAAUCUA